AUGUGGAAAGGAUACGGAUACGGCAUUUACAUAGCAUGCUUGCUGCUAUCUCUGGCCAGCGUACGGACGGCUGUCAUACGGCCAGAGGAGCAACAGGAGACAACCACAAUAAGCAGUGGGCUAACCGAGGAAGCCAGCACCACUGUGGAGCCUGAAGUAACGACCGCACAGGUGGCACAAAGUCGCGACAAGGAUGCGACGGUGCAAAUUGGUUGGGCUAGUGUUGAUCCUGCGCCCGGCACCGUUGCUGGUGACCUGAGUGUGGGUCAAAUGAAGUCGGCUAAGCUGCUGCUGUUGAGUACGCCAGCUAAGCGGCCAGCGGAAGUGGAGUUCGAGGAGCCAGACGAGAGCGAUGCAACAGCCGCUGCUGGCAGUGGGGAGGGCAGCUUGCCAACUACAACGGAGGUCAUCACUACAACCGAGUACAGUGAAGCACCAACAACAGUAACAGCAACAACAACGGUACCAAAGGAAGCCAGCGACCACAAGACAACAAAACUGUUCGCCAUCAAUGCGACAAUAUCCUCAGAGGACUCGGUGCAGCCCAAUGUAGCCGUGGCCGUGGCCACAGACAAUGCCACAAUUGCAAUUGCCGAACAGCCACAGGCAGCCGCUGCCAACAAUGUGGCCAUUGAGCUGGCCCUCGUCGAGCCGGAGGCCGAGUACGUGCUGCUGGAUGGCAGCCUGGCCGACCUGUCGGAGCUCACAGCUCCCUCCACCCAUGACGAACUGCAGCUGGGCAGCUUCACGCACAUCGACAGCGAUGUCCAUUUGCAGCCAGUGGUGCAUUCUGUGGAAAUCGUGCCCACCAGCCUCGAUGAUCCCCUGAUUGUUAAUUAUGUACACAAUUUGCGUUGA